GUUAUGUUUACAGCAAUCUACACGAAGUUCGCGACCGGAAGAAACUUUACCAGCAAAUAAUUAUAAUUUAGCAAAUUGGUUCUAUUUUUAAUGUUUUUAAUAGGUUCAGUGAAUUAACAGCUCUUAUAAAUUGACAAUUUAACAUGGAUGAUGAAGCAGAAACUUACAAACUUUGGAGAAUUAGGAAAACAGUCAUGCAGCUUUGCCACGAUCGAGGUUAUCUUGUAACACAGGAUGAAUUGGAUCAAACGUUAGACCAAUUUCGAGAACAGUUCGGCGAUAAACCUAGUGAGAAAAGGCCCUCUCGUGGAGAUUUAAUUGUGUUAGUAGCCCACAAUGAUGAUCCCACAGAUCAAAUGUUCGUGUUUUUCCCAGAAGAGCCAAAAAUUGGUAUCAAAACAAUCAAAACUUACUGUCAGCGUAUGCAAGAAGAAAAUAUUCAUCGGGCCAUUAUUGUGGUCCAAGCUGGUAUGACUCCUUCGGCAAAACAAUCUUUAGUUGAUAUGGCGCCCAAGUAUAUUUUAGAGCACUUUUUGGAAUCAGAGCUCCUGAUCAACAUCACAGAGCAUGAAUUAGUACCUGAGCACGUUGUCCUGACUCCUGAAGAAAAACAAGAACUUCUCUCCAGAUAUAAACUGAAAGAAAACCAGCUCAUGAGGAUUCAAGCAGGGGAUCCUGUCUCUAGGUAUUUUGGUCUCAAACGUGGACAGGUUGUGAAGAUUAUUAGAUCCUCAGAAACAGCUGGACGGUACAUCUCUUAUAGGCUUGUGUGCUGAUUUUUCUUCUUUGAAGAAAGGACCCUUCCAUAUUUUUGUAAAUAUUUGUGAAUAAUUAUUUUACUUGUGAUACCAAUAAAAGAUUUUUCUCUGCAUUU